AUGCACGAUAUUGAUGAAGGCCUUAACCGGCCUGAAGGGGGCCCCGGGGAUGAUGAUCUCCCGCCGGAAGAAGUUUUAGGGCCCCCUAUAAGGGUUCACAAACUCAUUCUGCUUUCGAGAUGGCCGCACUUUGCUACCUUGUACAGCGCUCGGAUGGUUGAGUUUCAUAAGAAUAGGAUGUACUUACCGGAGCCAUACACCGUCGUCCGCGCGUUUUUGUAUUACUUAUAUACCGACUCUGUCGCGACAUCACUCUACUGCCCUAACCUUUCAACCGGGGCUGGUCUGCUCGUCAUGGCCAGCUUGUACGACUUGAAGAGACUACGAGCGCUCGCUCUAAACAGACUAUUCUCGAAGCUCGACGUCGAGUCCGCCGCUGUAAUCUGGGAGCGUGCUGGCGUUGCUGGUGAGGAAGGCUUGCGAAAAAAAGCUGCCGGCUUUGUCUUGACUUACUGGGGUCGCAUAGUCCGAACAAUGGGGUUUAGGCGCCUGAGCAGACGAAGCUUGAUGGAGCUCUGCGAGGAAGUCGAUGUGGAGGGGCACAUCAUGGGUAGUGAGGAAUUGGGUGUUGUGGGAGCCGUCGAUGGCGGCAUUGUCGGGGUAUACCAAGGUGAUCUUGGGGGGUUUAUGACUGAAGAGGCGCGGAUGAGGGCGAAGAGGAGGCGGUAUGUGGAUGAUCUAGAAGAGUUGGAGACUGGAGAGGCGGAUGAGGAUGAAGAGAUGAGUUGA